GGGCCCUGGGGCGCGGAGGAGAGAGAGCGGGGCGUUUGCUCUGGGCUGAGGGGAGGCGGUGGCGGAGAAGGAGGAGGAGCGGGGCCAGCAGGAGGCAGCGGCGGCGACCGGGCUGGGGUGAUGGUGCAGGUGCGCGGUGCCGGCGCAGAGCUGCCGGGCUGAGGGGCGACUGGUCCGGGGUCCGCAGCGCCGCCGCGUUUCUCCCCGGGGCGGGCGGGCGGGCGGGAAGAUGCUGAGCAGGUUGAUGAGCGGCAGCAGCAGGAGCCUGGAGCGCGAGUACAGCUGCACCGUGCGGCUGCUGGACGACAGCGAGUACACCUGCACCAUCCAGAGAGAUGCCAAAGGCCAGUACCUGUUUGACCUUCUUUGCCACCACCUGAACCUACUUGAGAAAGACUAUUUUGGGAUCCGCUUUGUGGACCCAGAUAAGCAACGGCAUUGGUUGGAGUUUACAAAGUCUGUGGUGAAGCAACUGAGAUCCCAGCCUCCAUUCACCAUGUGUUUCCGUGUGAAGUUCUACCCUGCAGAUCCUGCUGCCCUGAAAGAAGAAAUAACCAGGUAUUUAGUCUUCCUGCAGAUCAAAAGGGAUCUCUACCACGGCCGCCUCCUCUGUAAAACAUCAGAUGCUGCCUUGUUAGCAGCUUAUAUCCUUCAAGCGGAGAUUGGGGAUUAUGACCCAGGGAAACACCCCGAAGGCUACAGCUCCAAGUUCCAGUUUUUCCCUAAACAUUCAGAGAAGCUGGAAAGGAAAAUUGCUGAGAUUCACAAGACAGAACUCAGUGGUCAAACACCAGCAACAUCAGAGCUGAACUUUUUAAGAAAAGCACAGACACUGGAGACAUACGGGGUAGACCCUCACCCAUGUAAGGAUGUGUCAGGAAAUGCUGCAUUUCUGGCCUUCACUCCUUUUGGGUUUGUUGUUCUACAAGGAAACAAGAGGGUCCACUUCAUUAAAUGGAAUGAGGUGACCAAGCUGAAAUUUGAAGGAAAGACUUUCUAUUUAUACGUAAGUCAGAAAGAGGAAAAGAAAAUUAUUCUCACAUAUUUUGCUCCAACUCCAGAAGCCUGCAAGCACCUCUGGAAAUGUGGAAUCGAGAACCAAGCCUUCUACAAGCUGGAGAAGUCAAGCCAAGUCCGCACAGUGUCCAGCAGCAAUUUAUUCUUUAAAGGGAGCCGGUUCCGAUACAGUGGCCGAGUUGCAAAGGAAGUAAUGGAGUCGAGUGCCAAGAUCAAACGGGAGCCACCAGAAAUACACAGAGCAGGGAUGGUUCCCAGCCGAAGCUGUCCCUCCAUAACCCAUGGUCCAAGGCUGAGCAGUGUCCCUAGGACCCGGAGAAGAGCUGUUCACAUCUCCAUCAUGGAAGGCCUAGAGUCCCUGCGGGACAGUGCCCAUUCCACCCCGGUGCGUUCUUCCUCCCAUGGGGACACCUUCCUGCCUCACGUGAGAAGCAGCCGGGCAGAGAGCAAUGAGCGAGUCGCCGUGAUUGCAGACGAGGCUUACAGCCCUGCAGACAGCGUGCUGCCCACCCCCGUGGCCGAGCACAGCCUGGAGUUGAUGCUGCUUUCCCGGCAGAUCAAUGGAGCCACCUGCAGCAUCGAGGAGGAGAAGGAGUCUGAGGCCAGCACUCCAACUGCUGCAGAGGUGGAAGCCCUUGGGGGAGAGCUGAGGGCCCUGUGUCAGGGACACAGCAGGCCAGAGGAGGAACAGGUGAAUAAGUUUGUUUUAAGUGUCCUCCGUUUGCUUCUUGUGACCAUGGGACUCCUCUUUGUUUUGCUCCUUCUCCUGAUCAUCCUUACCGAGUCUGACCUUGACAUUGCCUUUUUCCGCGAUAUCCGCCAGACCCCCGAGUUUGAACAAUUCCACUAUCAAUACUUUUGUCCCCUCAGGCGAUGGUUUGCCUGCAAAAUCCGCUCAGUGGUGAGCCUGCUCAUUGACACCUGAGAAGGCAUGACUCCUCCCAAUAACUAGCCAGGUGGACCAAGGAGCCCGGCUACCCAUUCCCAGCAAUGGGACCCAUUGCGGAACCAUCGGCACAUGUACCAAGUCCUCCUCUCAUGACUCAAAGUCCACAGCCUAGGAGGGUCGUUUCCCAGAAGAAAGGGAUAGGCUCAUGCCCUCUCUAAACAAACUGGGAAAACUCAUUUCCUUCAGUGGUUCUUUCGAGAAAGGCUUGGUGACUCUGUUUCUCAUCCUCCCAAUUUGCAGGAUAAUUUUUGGUUUUGAAUUUUGAUUUUUCAUAGAUGUGUAUUAUUUUGAAAGUAUCAAAUAAAAAUUAUUUAUUUUACUAUUACUGAUUAUCACAGUAGUGUCACCUAGCAGAUGAGACACUAGUUGAAGACUAGAGAGCUGUUGUCUUCUGUGUUCUGCAGGAGCUUUCCUACUGGGUCCUAGCAGGCUCAUCACUGCAGCCUCAUGGGACAGGCCAGGGGUCUGCAUAAUAGGGAAUAUCUAGGUUUUUUUGCCAGACAGAGCUUUUAAAAAAGUAAACAUCCAUGUAGAAUGAUUAAAUGGAGCGUUGCUUCUUAUGAUGGUCUGAGUUGGAUUUUCUUUUGCUUUUGUUUUUUUCAACUCUGAGCAGAGUGGGCAUCUGAAGGGACCAUCGCUACAGCAAGCAGCAGCAGCAGGGGUAGGGUAAGUCUGUCCCCUUAGACUAGAUCCUAGUGGGCAUCACCGAGUUUUGUAUAAUGAACUUAGACUUCUGUGAUUUUUUUCUGAAGAACCUCAAGACUUUUAUAGUGCUCCAGAGGCGUUAGAUGAAUUCAGUGAUGCCAGAGAUAGGACUGUCAGAAAUGCUGGACAAAGGGUAGUUAACAGAAACCAGAGCUAAGGUACCUGAGAGACUGUUGAGAUUCAGAGAACAGUACUUAUUUUGUACACCUUCCUCCCUAAAAAGACUAUUUCAAUUUAUAUUUUAACAACAAAAUGUUAUUUUCUUAUCAAUUCAUAUUUUGUUUUUACUUUAUGGAUUAAGAAAAUAGAGCCUGAUGAACUAAAUGAUGCAAGAAAGAAACUGAUCCUGAGACUGAAAAGCUUCAGAAAAUAAAAUUCCAAGAUCAACAAACAGCCUUGGAAGGGACCAGGAAAAGAAUCUCUUUAAAUAGGAGUUCUAAGCGAUGCCUACAAAACAAAGUGAAUGUGGCAAAGUCCAAAACUUAGAUGUAGAAAUACUGCCCCCUAGGGUCAUCCUCUGCAUCAGGAAAAUAUAAGUUGUAGGAAAGCACUUGCCAUCCUUGCUGAGGGAAGCUGUGGAAGCAUGCAGAAGCACAGCAUGUGAAGGGUGAGUGUGGGGGUCUGAGGCCCAAGCUCUGCAACUCUUACAGCCACUCACACACAAGAUCUUGUUUUCAUCUCAGGGAGAGAUUUCUAAGUCAUCUGGGGCCUGAGGACUGACUUACUCAAGAACAGUUAGUAGACAUAUUCCUGAGACCCACACAACAGUGGAGCAGCUGCUGGCACCCUAUGAUGUUGGGCAGCCCCAAAUGCAAAACAGAAUUAGUCACUUAUAGAUUUGCUUUUCCCUAGUUUGUCCCCUGAGAUGGCAGAACCAUGCCCAUGUAUAGAAUUAACAUGGAAUGGAAUAAAUGGUUUUUUUUUUGGGGGGGGGGGGGUUGCAUAAUUUUAAAUGCCCUUUCAUCCAGACCAGGAGUCAGCAAACUUCUUCUGUAAAGUGCCAGCUAGUAAAUAUUUUUUGUGGGCCAUACUCUGUGACAACUAUUCAACUCUGCCGUUUUAGCACAACACAGCCAUACGUAUACUAAAUGAAGGAGCAUGGCUGUGUUCCAACAAGACUUUAUAAAAACAGACAGCUGAAUUUGGCCCACAGGCCAUCAUUUGCCAACCCCAAUCUACACAAUAAAACUGCUCCUUACCAGUAUGUUAGCAGAAGGAGCUGGCUCUGCUCCAAUUCCUGACACGUGUUAAAGACCCAGGACCAUUUCCCAGUGGAGGCACUGGGGUUGCUUGUUUAAGGGUGCUCGAACAACCAACCAGCAGAGCUAUCUGAUGCCAAGAUGAGCAAGAUCAAGUACUGGAAUGCAAAAAUGUGGCCAGAAUCUAAGAAGGGAAGAGGGCCUGUCUGAUCAUUUCCAUACCAGCAACAAUUUGGGCAGAACUACAAACAGCUAUUUACCAAGUGACAAGACAAACUGAGGGAGAUCCUAAUAAAGAUUAGGGAUCACUUAGACCCAACUAGCCACUGCCACUUGUCAUCUACACAGGAAAGGCUUUAUUUAGGACAGAACUGAAGUGAAAAGUAGACUCAGAGAGGAAAAGGCUGUCAGGAGACGGGGGGCUGGUUUUAACCUGGAUAUCUAUUGUCUUAUGCAACAUAGCAGAUUACCUUUUAGCGUAGUGUUCCUACCUCAGUCUGUAGAAUAACAGUGUUUCUAUGCAGUGAGUGAUAGCCUCGACUGACCUUUCAUAUUCACAUUAAAGCAAGACGUAGUAUUCCAUUUCCUGGUACGUUACUUGUGUCUAGAGUUCUAACAGUACAAUAGUCCAUACCACUUCCAAUAGCUGGAUUUUGCUCUCUGAACAGAAACUUUCGGGUUAUUUUUUUUCGAGAGCUUAUCCCAGAAAAUACAGAUAGAAAAGUUUCCUUCAAUUUGCUU